CAUCGCUCUCUCUCUCUCUCUCUUCCCCUGCUUUCCUUUCCAUCAUCCUCCUAAUCUUUCUUCUACCUUCACCCACUCCUCAGUCAAUGCCCAGCCCCAUGUGCUCUUGGCCUUUAAAAUAAAUCCAAGAGGAGGAAGAAGAAGAACAACAACAAUAGAAAAAAUUCUACGCCAAUUCUCUUCUUACUGCGGCUAAGUAAAAUUUUGUCAGCGGCUCAUUCCAUCCUGUGUUUUUGUUUCUGCCUUCUAUGGGCCCUACUGGCCUCGUCUCUUCUUCCUCCUCUCCUCCCCUUUUAGGGAGAUCACCACUCCUCGGGCGUCAGAGACUUGGCGAAUCCCAGGGAGGCAAAAGGGGCCAAUGGGGGGCUCCUCCAUGUCCUUCUUGCAGUCCUCUCUCCUCUCCUCCACUGUUUCCACUGUUUCUUUAUCCUUCUUCUUGUCAUUGGCUUUGGUGCUGAAUUAUGGGGUGGCCGGUGGUUUGGCGGCCAGCCAGGAGAGUGACCGGAUCACCUGGCUCCCCGGCCAGCCCCCAGUGGGAUUCUCCCAGUACUCUGGCUAUGUUACAGUGGAUGCCAGGGCCGGCCGGGCGCUGUUCUAUUGGUUCAUCGAGGCGCCGCCGGCCGCCCAGCCUGCGCCACUCAUCCUCUGGCUCAAUGGCGGGCCGGGUUGCUCGUCAAUAGCCUACGGUGCUUCGGAGGAGCUCGGCCCCUUCCACAUCCACCCGGAUGGAAAGACCCUCUUCCUGAAUCCAUAUGCUUGGAACAGCGCGGCGAAUUUGCUCUUCUUGGAGUCCCCGGCUGGUGUGGGCUUCUCCUAUUCCAACACCUCGUCAGAUCUCUAUACUGCUGGAGACCGGAGAACAGCUAUGGAUGCAUACAAUUUUCUCGUGAAUUGGUUUGAGAGGUUCCCCCAGUACAAAUAUCGGGAUUUCUACAUCACUGGAGAAAGCUACGCAGGGCACUACGUUCCUCAAUUAUCUCAAAUAGUAUACAGGAAGAACAAGGGCAUUCGGAACCCCAUCAUUAAUUUCAAGGGGUUCAUGGUUGGCAAUGGUGUUACUGAUGAUUACCAUGAUUUUGUCGGCACUUUCGAGUAUUGGUGGACUCAUGGCCUGAUAUCUGAUGACACUUAUCGUGAUCUGAGGGUCACCUGUGACCUUCAAUCCUCACAACACCCUUCAGCGGGGUGUCUGAAGGUUCUUGAGGCCGCUGCUAACGAGCUGGGGAACAUCGACCCGUACAGUAUAUACACAAGGGCUUGCAAUGAGACUACUACUCUUAAGCGCAAAUUAAGGGGUCAUUAUCCUUGGAUGUCCAGAGCUUAUGAUCCCUGUACUGAAAAUUAUGCCGAAGUGUACUAUAACCGCCCUGAGGUGCAGAUGGCACUCCAUGCCAAUGUUACUGGUAUACCUUAUCCUUGGAAUACAUGCAGCAAUAUUGUUGGGAAUCACUGGGCAGAUUCUCCUAGAUCCAUGCUUCCUAUAUACCGAGAACUUAUUGCAGCUGGCCUAAGGAUAUGGGUGUUCAGUGGAGACACUGAUUCUGUAGUGCCCGUGACUGCAACAAGAUAUUCAAUCGAUGCUCUCAACCUUUCAACUGUCAUCAGCUGGUAUCCUUGGUAUGACAAUGGAAAGGUUGGCGGAUGGACUCAAGUUUACGAAGGCCUGACCUUCGUGACUGUCAGAGGAGCAGGCCAUGAGGUUCCUCUCCAUCGUCCUCGACAAGCUCUUGUACUGUUUAAACAUUUCUUACAGAACAGGCCCAUGCCAGCUGAAACCUAAGAACUCGCCGUCAAUUGAAGCAGGAAGAGAGCAGGAGGUUCAAAGCAGCAUGAACAUUCAUUUCCACCAAGUGCCCACCUUUGGUGCUUGGUGAAUAUUUAUAUCAUCUUUUGUCAGCCUUCAAUUUAUUGGUUUCCAUAUAGUAUUCUCCAGUGUAUCUGUAUUUUUAGCAGCCAUUGAUAUAAGUAUGUCCAUCAGGGCUGGACAAUAGCAAGUUAAAAAGGCCAGUGCAACUGUGCAUAUUUCUGUAGCUGGACAAUAGCAAGUAAAAAGGAGGCUAAUGCAACUGUGCAUAUUCUAUACAUGUAUCAGCUAAGAAUGAAGGUCUACUUGUAUUUCAGUUGGUU